AUGAAAUCAACAAUUAUUCUUACAUUUCUUAUUUUGUCUUCAUCUUUAUUUCAGACUGCUUUACUCGUUGUUGUAUUUCCAGCACCAACUGAUUCAAAUACUCAUAAUAAACAGCCUCAAGAAUUCCGACCGUUAAAUGGUAACCCUAUUGAAGAAAUAAAUGGUUUAGGACAUUGGUUGAAUUUUCCUACCGGUAUACCUUUCGAUAUUUUGCAAGGUCGUCCAGCUGAUGCAACUUUAUAA